AUGGGAAGAAAGAAAAAGAAACAAACGAAACCUUGGUGUUGGUAUUGUAAUCGAGAAUUUGAUGAUGAAAAAAUUCUCUUACAACAUCAAAAAGCAAAACAUUUCAAAUGUCACAUAUGCCACAAAAAGUUAUACACUGGGCCCGGUUUGCAAAUUCAUUCAAUCCAAGUACAUAAAGAAAAUAUUGAUAAGGUACCAAAUGCCCUCAAAGGACGAGAUAAUAUCGAAAUCGAAAUUUAUGGUAUGGAAGGAAUACCAGAAGAAGAUCUUCGUGCUCACGAAAAACGACUGGCCGGAAAAGACAGAGACGAUCCAGAUACGCCUGAUACUCCCAAGGCAACUCAACCACCGCCAAUGGGAAUGCCACCCAUGCCACCGAUGGGUAUGAUGCCUACUGCACCAAUCAUGCCGAUGGGUUUUCCCGGUAUGCCAUUUGGUAUUGCACCUAUGCAACUUCCAAUGAUGGGCAUGCCAAUGAUGACGUCACUACGGCCACCAAUGCCUAUGGUACCAGGGGCACCUGUUCCUCCACCUACUGCUCUCAUGCCUCCAGCACCAGCUAAACCAUUAUUUCCCAGUGGAGCCUCAGAUAGUAACAAUGAUACAAACGCAUCAUCAAAUUUGUCAACAAUGGCGUCGGCAGCCGCAGCUAUAUCAAACUUGUCAGCUACUACACCUGGAUCCUUGCCGGGUAGUAGAGGUAAAAUUGAACCUGUUGCAGGUACAGCUAAGAUCAUUCAUCCAGAUGAUGACAUAUCAUUAGAAGAAUUUCGUGCUUCGUUGCCGAAAUAUCAGCAAAUGAUGAUGCCACAACAAAUGCAAAUGCCCCCGAUACCAGCCGGCCUUUCAAUGGGAAAUUUCGCACGACCUCCAAUGGGUGGUAUACCAUUUUUAGCCCCACCACCUGGCUUUCCACCAAUGGGAUUCAAUGGUCCACGAUUUUAA